AUGCACAUUGCAGAGGAAGAUAAGAGGUGUGGAAGAAACAAACCAAAAUCUGGGUGGCAGCAGCAGUUUCGUUCCGAUCUGACAAGAUCUCGCGACUCAAGGACCACCACACCAAUGGUUGGGCUAGAUGAGGAGUCGGCCCAGUUUGUAGGAAGGGGUAUAUCCGGCAAUGGAGGCGAAAAAAUAGCGACCAUGAAGAGUUUCUCUCUCCUCCUAACGGUUUUAGCAUUAACAAAGAACGGAUUCAAGAGUUUACAGCGUCCACGUCCCCUUGAAACACCGCCACGUGUCCUUUUGUUUUCUAUAACAGUGAUUCACUCCUUUGGUUCUUCCUCGUUCAUCCCAAUUCCCUCACAGAAGAGGAGUCAUCAUCAUACAAUAAUAAUAAUAAUCACAAUGCCCACUGUUGCUGCUCCCCCUGUACCUCAAAUUCAAAACACUACCGACCAUGAAAUUGAAUCCCCCAAGAAGAACAGAAUUCAGGUUUCCAACACCAAGAAACCCCUUUUCUUUUACGUCAAUCUUGCAAAGAGGUACAUACAGCAGCGCGAUGAGGUUGUGCUUUCUGCUCUUGGAAUGGCUAUAACUACAGUUGUUACAAUUGCCGAGAUUUUGAAGAACAAUGGACUUGCUAUUGAGAAGAAAGUUUCGACAUCUUCAGUUAGCAUGAAGGAUGAGAACAAAGGUCGCCUGGUACAAAAGGCUAAGAUUGAAAUUGUUCUAGAGAAAUCCGAGAAGUUUGACACUCUUAUGGCUCCUACCAACAACAUUGAAUCAAAACGAGUUGCUAACGAGAAUGAGAAGAAAUGA